ACCAGCAGCAACGGAGGCGGUGGGAACAAUACGAGUAGCGCUGCCAGUGUGCCCAGCAGGGCCCCUCAGCAGCACGGAGCUUCGGCCGCUUUGCUGAGUACCCGCGCCGCCCGAUGAUGUGCUCGCGGGCAGAGCUGCUGGCCCUGGGGGUCUUGUUCUUGAGGGUUCUGCACAGCUUGGAGGUCCUGGCGCCCGCCACGGCCAUUGACGCACCCAAGACCUGCAGCCCCAAACAGUUCGGAUGCAAGGACCAAGUGACCUGCAUAUCGAAAGGAUGGAGGUGCGACGGCGAGAAGGACUGUCCAGACGGGUCGGACGAGUCUCCAGACGUCUGCCCGCACAGUCGAAUGUCCAAAUGCCCGCCCAAUGAGCAUCAGUGCCUUGGCACCGAGGUCUGCAUUCACCUGAGCAAGAUGUGCAACGGGGUGAGGGACUGCAGCGACGGCUAUGACGAGGGGCCCCACUGCAGAGAGCUGGCUACCAACUGCUCUCGUUUUGGAUGCCAGUACAACUGUUCCGUGACGCUCAAUGGUCCCGAGUGUUACUGCAAGACCAACUACGAGCUGGCAGCUGAUGGCAAGAUGUGCAAAGAUUUCGAUGAGUGCUCCGUGUACGGCACCUGCAGCCAGACCUGCGUGAACACCGAGGGCUCCUACAACUGCCGCUGCGUGGAGGGCUACCUGCUGCAACCAGAUAACCGGUCGUGCAAGGCCAAAAACGAGCCCGUCGAGCGGCCGUCUGUCCUGCUCAUCGCCAAUUCACAGAGCAUCUUGGCCACGUCGCUGAGCGGAGCCCAGUUGCCCAACCUGGCGCCUGCCAGUACGCGACAGACCACUGCCAUGGACUUUAUUUAUGCCGAGGAGACGGUCUGCUGGAUUCACGUAGGUGACACGGCCACGGGGACCAUCCUCAAGUGUGCCAAGGUCACCAACCUGAAAGCCUUCACUGACGAGAGACAGAUCAACAUCUCACUGAGCCUGCACCAUGUGGAACAGAUGGCAAUCGAUUGGCUCACGGGGAAUUUCUACUUCGUGGAUGACGUUGAUGACCGCAUCUUUGUGUGCAACAAGAAUGGCGAUACCUGUGUCACGCUGAUUGACCUUGAGCUCUACAACCCUAAGGGCAUCGCUUUGGAUCCAGCUAUGGGGAAGGUCUUCUUCACGGACUAUGGCCAGAUCCCCAAAGUCGAGCGCUGCGACAUGAAUGGCCAGAACCGCACCAAACUGGUGGACAGUAAAAUUGUAUUCCCUCAUGGCAUCACUCUGGACCUGGUCAACCGAUUCGUGUACUGGGCGGAUGCCUACCUGGAUUACAUCGAAGUGGUUGAUUAUGAAGGCAAGAACCGUCACACCAUCAUCCAGGGCCUUCUGAUCGAGCAUCUCUAUGGGCUGACUGUUUUCGAGAACUACCUGUAUGCCACCAAUUCCGACAGCGCCAACAUGCAGCAGAAGACGAGCGUGAUCCGUGUGAAUCGCUUCAACAGCUCCGACUUCCAGGUGGUGACCAGGGUGGACAAAGGAGGAGCGCUGCACGUGUACCACCAGCGGCGGCAGCCAGCAGUGCGGAGCCACGCUUGUGAGUCAGACCAACAUGGCAAGGCCGGGGGCUGCUCGGAUAUCUGCUUGCUAGGAAACAGCCACAAGUCACGCACCUGCCGCUGCAGGUCCGGCUUCAGCCUGGGCAGCGAUAACAAAUCAUGCAAGAAGCCCGACCACGAGUUGUUCCUGGUGUACGGAAAAGGUCGUCCUGGAAUCAUCCGAGGGAUGGACAUGAACGCCAAAGUCCCCGAUGAGUACAUGAUCCCCAUUGAGAACCUGAUGAACCCCCGAGCGCUGGAUUUCCAUGCCGAGACGGGAUUCAUCUACUUUGCGGAUGCCACCAGCUACCUCAUUGGGCGUCAGAAGAUUGACGGCACGGAGCGAGAGACGAUUCUCAAGGACGGAAUCCACACAGUGGAGGGCAUUGCAGUGGACUGGAUGGCCAAUAACCUGUACUGGACAGAUGAUGGUCCGAAGAAGACCAUCAGCGUAGCUCGACUGGAGAAGGCCUCGCAAACCAGGAAGACUUUGGUUGAAGGCAAAAUGACACACCCCAGAGCCAUCGUGGUGGACCCUCUAAAUGGGUGGAUGUACUGGACGGACUGGGAAGAAGAUCCCAAAGAUAGUAAGAGAGGCAAGAUCGAGCGAGCGUGGAUGGAUGGCUCAAAUCGUUCCAUAUUCCUCACCUCCAAGUUUGUGCUCUGGCCAAAUGGUCUGAGUCUGGACAUACCCAAUGGCAUCUUGUACUGGGUGGACGCCUUCUACGACCGUAUCGAGAUGGUCUACGUGAAUGGUACUGACCGCAAGACCAUAUAUGAAGGAAAUGAGCUGAACCACGCGUUUGGGCUUUGCCACUACAACAACUUCCUCUUCUGGAACGAGUACCGAAGUGGCAGCAUUUACAAGCUGGACCAGAAAACCAGGACGGUCACACUGCUACGUAACGAGCGCCCACCCAUCUUUGAGAUCCGCAUGUAUGACGCUCAGCAGCAACAAGGUUCCAAUGCUUGCCGGGUCAACAAUGGGGGCUGUAGCAGCCUGUGUCUGGCCAUCCCGAAUGGGCGGCAGUGCGCCUGCGCUGAGGACCAACUGCUAGACGACGACAAUGUUAGCUGCAAAGCAAACCCAUCAUAUAUUCCGCCCCCCCAGUGCCAGCCUGGCGAGUUUGCUUGCAAGAACAACCGCUGCAUCCAGGAGCGCUGGAAGUGCGACGGAGAUAACGACUGCCUGGACAGCAGCGAUGAAGCCCCUGAGCUCUGCCAUCAGCACACCUGCCCCUCCGACCGUUUCAAGUGUCAGAAUAACCGCUGCAUUCCCAUCCGUUGGCUGUGUGAUGGCGACAACGACUGCGGUAACGAUGAAGAUGAGUCCAACACCACCUGCUCAGCUCGGACAUGCCCACCCAAUCAAUUUUCUUGUGCCAGCGGGCGCUGCAUCCCCAUUUCCUGGACCUGCGAUCUUGAUGACGACUGUGGCGACCGUUCCGAUGAGUUUGUGUCCUGCGCCUAUCCCACCUGCUUCCCACUGACUCAGUUCACCUGCAACAAUGGCCGCUGCAUCAACAUCAACUGGCGCUGCGAUAACGACAACGACUGUGGUGACAACAGUGACGAGGCCGGCUGCAGCCACUCCUGCUCCAGUGCCCAGUUCAAGUGUAACAGUGGCCGCUGCAUCCCAGAGCACUGGACCUGUGACGGGGACAAUGACUGUGGGGACUACAGCGAUGAGACCCACGCCAACUGCACCAACCUUGCCACGCGCCCCCCCGGCGGCUGCCAUGAUGACGAGUUCCAGUGUCGCAUGGAUGCGCUGUGCAUCCCAAAGAGGUGGCGCUGUGAUGGGGACACAGACUGCAUGGACCUGAGUGAUGAGAAGAACUGCGAGGGGCAGACACCCACUUGUGACCCCAGCGUCAAGUUUGGUUGCAGGAACUCUGCCAGGUGCAUUAGCAAGGCGUGGGUUUGCGACGGAGACAAUGACUGUGAAGACAGCUCGGACGAGGAGAACUGCGAGGCCCUGGUGUGCAAGCUGCCCUCUCACUCCUGUGCCAACAAUUCCUCACUCUGCUUGCCACCGGAGAAGCUAUGUGAUGGCAACGCUGACUGUGCUGACGGCUCAGAUGAGGGUGAACUUUGCGACCUCUGUGCACUGGGCAAUGGCGGCUGCAGUCACAAUUGCACUGUGGCACCCGGAGAAGGCAUCGCUUGCUCUUGCCCCCUGGGUAUGGAGUUGGGCCCGAACAACAAGACGUGCCAGAUCCAGAGCUUCUGCGCCAAACACCUCAAGUGCAGUCAGCGCUGCGAGCAGGACAAGAACACGGUGAAGUGCUCCUGCUACGAAGGCUGGAUUCUGGAGGCAGACCAGGAAAGCUGCAAGAGUACGGAUCCUUUCAAGCCCUUCAUUAUAUUCUCUAAUCGCCAUGAGAUCCGGCGCAUUGACCUCUACAAGGGGGACUUCAGUGUCCUCGUGCCAGGACUGCGUAACACCAUCGCUCUGGACUUCCACCUCAACCAGAGCUCUCUGUACUGGACUGAUGUGGUGGAGGACAAGAUCUACCGUGGCAAGCUCUCCGACAAUGGCGCAGCCCUUACGAGUUUUGAGGUGGUCAUCCAGUAUGGCCUGGCAACGCCAGAGGGUCUCGCGGUUGACUGGAUUGCUGGAAACAUUUAUUGGGUGGAGAGCAACUUGGAUCAGAUUGAAGUGGCCAAGCUGGAUGGCACCAUGAGGAAUACACUACUGGCCGGAGACAUCGAACACCCGCGUGCCAUCGCUCUUGAUCCUCGCUAUGGGAUCUUGUUCUGGACAGACUGGGAUGCCAACCUUCCUCGAAUUGAGGCAGCGUCCAUGAGUGGCGAGGGCCGACGCACCAUCCACAAGGAGACAGGCCAUGGAGGCUGGCCCAAUGGCCUGACAGUGGACUACCUGGAGCUGCGCAUCCUGUGGAUCGACGCCCGGUCCGAUGCAAUUUACUCGGCGCGGUACGACGGCUCCGGCCUGAUCGAGGUGCUCCGAGGCCACGAGUAUCUGUCACAUCCGUUUGCUGUCACCAUGUAUGGCGGGGAGGUCUACUGGACAGACUGGCGGACCAACACGCUCGCCAAAGCGAACAAGUGGACGGGACACAACGUGACUGUAGUGCAGCGAACCAACACCCAGCCCUUUGAUCUCCAGGUGUACCACCCGUCCAGGCAGCCGCAGGCACCAAACCCCUGUGCGGCCAACGACGGGCGAGGACCCUGCUCACACCUGUGCCUCAUCAACUACAACCUGAGCGUGUCCUGUGCUUGUCCACACCUCAUGAAGCUGCAUCCGGACAAGAAGACGUGUUACGAGUUGCGCCAGUUUUUGCUGUACGCUCGGCAGAUGGAGAUCCGUGGAGUGGACAUCGACAACCCUUACUACAACUACAUCAUCUCCUUCACGGUGCCAGACAUCGACAACGUGACCGUGGUGGACUUUGACGCCCAGGAGCAGCGCAUCUACUGGUCUGACGUGCGCACCCAGAGCAUCAAGAGAGCCUUCAUCAAUGGCACCGGGGUGGAGACGGUGGUUUCUGCAGAUCUGCCCAAUGCCCAUGGCCUGGCAGUGGACUGGGUGUCCAGGAAUCUCUUCUGGACAAGCUAUGAUGCCAAUAAGAAGCAGAUCAAUGUGGCACGGCUGGAUGGCUCCUUCAAGAAUGCGGUGGUCCAGGGGCUGGACAAGCCUCAUUGCCUGGUGGUCCACCCAAUCAAAGGCAAACUCUACUGGACAGAUGGGGACAACAUCAGCGUGGCCAACACGGACGGCAGCAACCGAAGCGUGCUCUUCAGCAAUCAGAAGGGUCCCGUGGGUCUCUCCAUUGAUUUUCAUACUGACCAGCUGUACUGGAUCAGCUCUGGCAAUGGAACCAUCAAUCGCUGCUUUCUGGAUGGCAGCGGCCUGGAGACCAUCGAUGGGGUGAAAAGCAGGCUGACCAAGGCCACCGCCCUGGCCAUCAUGGGUGACAAGCUGUGGUGGGCCGACCACGGGACAGAUCACAUGGGGACCUGUGACAAGAAAGAUUGUGGAAACUGGAGGGUGCUGAGAAACAGCACGUCAUCCAUGAUGCACAUGAAGGUGUACAACGAGUCAGUGCAAGUGGGGUCCAACGCUUGCAGCAAGAACAAUGGCGACUGUUCCCAGUUGUGUCUGCCCACCUCUGAGACCACCAGAUCCUGCAUGUGCACAGCAGGCUACAGCCUGAAGAGCGGCCAGCAGUCCUGUGAAGGAGUGGGGUCCUUCUUGCUCUACUCGGUUCACGAAGGUAUUCGGGGCAUUCCUCUCGACCCCUCGGACAAGUCAGACGCUUUGGUCCCUGUCUCGGGAACGUCCCUGGCAGUUGGAAUCGACUUCCAUGAAGAAAACGACACCAUUUACUGGGUGGACAUGGGCCUCAGUACAAUCAGCAGGGCCAAGCGGGACCAGACAUGGCGAGAAGACGUCGUGACCAAUGGCAUUGGCAGGGUGGAGGGCAUUGCUGUUGACUGGAUAGCAGGAAACAUCUACUGGACGGAUCAGGGCUUUGACGUCAUCGAAGUGGCACGGCUGAAUGGCUCCUUCCGUUACGUGGUCAUCUCACAGGGGCUGGACAAGCCGCGGGCCAUAACUGUGCAUCCUGAGAAAGGGUACCUGUUCUGGACAGAGUGGGGGCAGUACCCUCGCAUCGAGAGGUCACGACUGGAUGGCUCACAGAGGGCAGUGCUUGUUAACGUUAGCAUCAGCUGGCCCAAUGGCAUUUCCAUUGAUUACGAGGACGGUAUGCUCUACUGGUGUGACGCGAGGACAGACAAGAUCGAACGCAUUGACCUGGAGACUGGAGAGAACCGAGAGGUGGUCUUGGCGAGCAAUAACAUGGACAUGUUCUCUGUGUCCGUCUUCCAGGGUUACAUCUACUGGAGUGACCGCACCCACGCCAAUGGCUCCAUCAAGAGGGGGAACAAAGACAAUGCCACCGACUCGGUGUCCCUGAGGACCGGGAUUGGCGUCCAGCUCAAAGACAUCAAAGUCUUCAACAGAGCCAGGCAGAAGGGGACCAACGUUUGUCGAGUGAAUAACGGAGGCUGCCAGCAACUUUGCCUGUACCGAGGGAACAAACAGCGCACAUGUGCCUGUGCCCAUGGCAUGCUAGCCGAGGACGGGGUGAGCUGCCGCGACUACGAGGGCUACUUGCUCUACUCGGAGCGGACGAUCCUUAAGAGUAUACACCUUUCCAACGAGAGCAACUUAAACGCCCCUAUAAAGCCCUUCGAGGACCCCGAGCACAUGAAGAAUGUCAUUGCACUGGCGUUUGACUACCGCGGUGGCAAGGGGGUGAACCGAAUCUUCUUCAGCGACAUCCACUUUGGCAACAUCCAGCAGAUCAACGAUGACGGCACGGAUCGCAAGACGAUCGUUGAGAACGUGGGUUCUGUCGAAGGCCUGGCCUACCACCAGUCAUGGGACACUCUGUACUGGACCAGUUACACCACCUCCACGAUCACGCGGCAUACGGUGGACCAAAACCGCCAGGGCGCCUUUGAGAGGGACACAGUGGUCACCAUGUCUGGAGAUGAUCAUCCUCGUGCUUUUGUGCUGGACGAGUGCAAGAAUAUGAUGUUCUGGACCAACUGGAACGAGCAGAGCCCAAGCAUCAUGCGGGCCACACUGGCGGGAGCCAACGUCGUGGUUAUCAUCGGCAACAACAUCCGCACCCCCAACGGCCUGGCCAUCGACCACCGGUCCGAAAAGCUGUACUUCUCAGACGCCACCCUGGAUAAGAUCGAGCGCUGCGAAUAUGACGGGUCCAGACGAUACGUUAUUCUGAGCGACGACCCCGUCCACCCGUUUGGCCUGGCUGUGUAUGGCGACUACAUCUUUUGGACGGACUGGGUGCGCCGUGCCGUCCUGCGGGCUGAUAAGUUUGUGGGCGGCAACAUGAAGGUUCUGCGGGCGGACAUCCCUCAGCAGCCAAUGGGCAUCGUCGCCGUGGCCAACGACACCAACAGCUGCCAGCAGUCGCUCUGCAGCAUUAACAACGGUGGCUGUCAUGACCUCUGCCUGCUGACCCCAGAUGGACGUGUGAAUUGUACCUGUCGAGGUGACCGCAAGCUGAUGGAUGACAACACCUGCAGUGCUCUCAACUCGUCCUGCAACAUCCACAUGGAGUUUGAGUGCGGGAAUGGCGACUGCAUCAACUACAACCUGACGUGCGACGGGGUGGCCCACUGCAAGGACAGGUCGGACGAGAAGCAGUUCUACUGCGCGAGCCGCAAGUGCAAGAAGGGCUUCCGCCGCUGCCUCAAUGGACGCUGCAUUGCCUACAGCCACUGGUGUGACGGGGUGGACAACUGUGGAGACAACUCGGACGAGCUGCCCUGCAAUAAGACCCUGUGCGCGGCCGACGAGUUCCAGUGUCGCGAUGGCGCCUGCAUCUCUGGAGCGAGCCGCUGCAACCAGGUGAAGGACUGCGAUGACACCAGUGAUGAGAUGAACUGCACGGCCACCGACUGCUCCAACUACUUCCACUUGGGCUCCAAUGGUGUGAACUUCAUCAACUGCGAGCACACGAGCCUGUGCUACGCGCCCAGCUGGCGCUGUGACGACUCCAACGACUGUGGCGACUACUCGGAUGAGAGGAACUGCCCAGAUAAGAAGAAGCUGAAAUGUCCAGUGAACUUCUUCAGCUGUCCUGGUGGCCGUUGCAUCCCAAUGAGCUGGACAUGUGACAAGGAGAACGACUGUGAGAACGGGACGGACGAAGUGCACUGCGAUAUGUUCUGCACAUCCGUCCAGUUUGAGUGCAACAACCACCGCUGCAUCUCCAAAAGCUGGGUGUGUGACGGGGCCGACGACUGCGGGGACGGCUCGGACGAGGACAGCAGAUGCAAAAGCAAGACUUGCAGCCCGGACGCGUACCACUGCCCCAACUCGCACGUGUGCAUCCCGCUGCGCUGGAAGUGUGACGGAGAUCAGGACUGUCCCGACGGGACGGAUGAAAGCGUGAAGGCCGGCUGUGUCUACAACAACACUUGCGGCGAGGGAGAGUUCAUGUGCCAGAACAGGCAGUGCAUCCCGCAGCACUUUGUGUGCGACCACGACAACGACUGCGGAGACGGCUCGGACGAGUCCCUGGAAUGUGAUUACCCGACGUGCGGCCCCAAUGAGUUCCGCUGCGCCAAUGGCCGCUGUUUGAUCCACAAGCAGUGGGAGUGCGACGGAGAGCCGGACUGCCACGACCGCUCGGAUGAGGCGCCCAAGAACCCGCACUGCACGGGUCCCGAGAAGAAAUGCAACGAGUCCUUCUUCCUGUGUAAAAACGGAAACUGCAUCAAUGACACCCUGCUGUGUGACAAGAACAACGACUGCGAGGACGGCUCUGAUGAGCUCAACUGCUUCGUCAACGAGUGUCUGAGCCGGCGGCUGAGCGGCUGCACCCAGCUGUGCGACGACCUCAAGAUCGGCUACAAGUGUAGGUGUCAUCGUGGAUUCCGGCUUAAGGAUGACGGGAAGACUUGCGUGGACAUCGACGAGUGCACCACCACCUACCCCUGUGCCCAGUUCUGCCUGAACACCCACGGCAGCUUCAAGUGCCUCUGUUCUGAAGGCUACGAGGUGAAGCCUGGCGACCCGACCAGCUGCAAGUCCACCUCAGACGAGGAGCCGUUCCUGAUCUUUGCUAACCGCUACUAUCUGAGGAAGCUGAAUCUGGACGGCUCCAACUACACCCUCCUGAAGCAGGGCCUGAACAACGCCGUGGCGCUGGAUUUCGACUACCGGGAGCAGAUGAUCUACUGGACGGACGUCACCACGCAGGGGAGCAUGAUAAGGCGCAUGCACAUCAAUGGCAGCAACGUGCAGGUUCUUCACCGCACCAGUCUGAGUAACCCCGAUGGCCUGGCUGUGGACUGGGUGGCAGGAAACCUCUACUGGUGUGACAAGGGUCGAGACACCAUUGAGGUCUCAAAACUGAAUGGCACAUACCGAACAGUGCUGGUGAACACAGGCUUGCGAGAACCGAGAGCCGUAGCUGUUGACGUGAGAAACGGCUAUUUGUACUGGUCCGACUGGGGUGACCACCCACACAUUGGGCGAAUUGGUAUGGAUGGCACCAACAGGAGCGUCAUCAUCGACACCAAGAUCACUUGGCCCAACGGCCUGACGCUGGAUUUCAUCAACGACCGCAUUUACUGGGCCGACGCCAGGGAGGACUACAUUGAGUUUGCCAGCCUGGAUGGAAGUAACCGGCACAUGGUGCUCAGCCAGGACAUCCCCCACAUUUUCGCCAUGACGCUGUUUGAGGAGUACAUCUACUGGACCGACUGGGAGACCAAGUCGAUCAACCGCGCCCACAAAACCCUGGGCACCAACAAGACCAUGCUGAUCAGCACCCUGCACCGCCCUAUGGACAUUCAUAUCUUCCACCCCUAUAGGCAGCCACCAGUGACUCACCACCCCUGCCAGACGGACAACGGCGGCUGUUCAAACCUGUGUCUCCUCUCUCCCGGGGGUGGCUAUAAGUGCGCCUGCCCCACCAACUUCUAUCUGGCAGCCGAUGGCAAGAAGUGCCUCUCCAACUGCACGGCCAGUCAGUUUGUGUGCAAGAACGACAAGUGCAUUCCUUUCUGGUGGAAGUGUGACACCGAGGACGAUUGUGGUGACCGCUCAGACGAGCCGGAGGACUGCCCCGAGUUUAAGUGUCGCCCAGGUCAGUUCCAGUGCGGAACGGGCAUCUGCACCAACCCAGCGUACAUCUGCGACGGGGACAACGACUGUCAGGACAACUCGGACGAAGCCAACUGCAAUAUCCACGUCUGCCUGCCCAGUCAGUUCAAAUGUACCAAUCCGAGCCGCUGCAUCCCAGGUAUAUUCCGUUGCAAUGGGCAAGACAACUGCGGAGAGGGCGAGGACGAGAAAGACUGCCCGGAGGUGACGUGUGCGCCCAACCAGUUCCAGUGCUCCAUCACCAAGCGCUGCAUCCCACGGGUGUGGGUCUGCGACCGGGAUAACGACUGCGUGGAUGGGUCAGACGAACCUGCCAACUGCACCCAGAUGACGUGUGGCGUGGACGAGUUCCGCUGCAAGGAUUCUGGCCGCUGCAUCCCGGCCCGCUGGAAGUGCGACGGCGAGGACGACUGCGGGGACGGCUCCGACGAGCCCAAGGAAGAGUGCGAUGAACGAACGUGCGAGCCCUACCAGUUCCGCUGCAAGAACAAUCGCUGCGUGCCCGGCCGCUGGCAGUGCGACUACGACAACGACUGCGGGGACAACUCGGACGAGGAAGGCUGCACUCCGCGCCCCUGUUCUGAGAGCGAGUUCGCAUGUGCCAAUGGACGCUGCAUCGCCGGACGCUGGAGGUGUGACGGAGACCACGACUGUGCUGACGGCUCUGACGAGAAAGACUGCACGAUGCGCUGCGAAGCCGAUCAGUUCCAGUGCAAAAACGGGCACUGCAUCCCUCACCGCUGGCGCUGCGAUGAUGACGCCGACUGCAUGGAUGGCAGCGACGAGGAGAACUGCCACACUGGAGUGGUCCGCACUUGCCCCCUGGACGAGUUCCAAUGCAACAACACCUUGUGCAAGCCGCUGGCCUGGAGGUGCGACGGCGAGGACGACUGCGGUGACAACUCGGAUGAGAACCCUGAGGAGUGCUUGAAGUUCCAGUGCCCCCCAAACAGGCCGUUCCGAUGCCAGAACGACCGCGUGUGCCUGUGGGUGGGCCGGCAGUGUGACGGUGUGAACAACUGCGGUGACAACUUUGAUGAAGAGAACUGCGAAGCCCCCACCUCGAAGCCCCAGUGCGGCAAGGACGAGUUCCAGUGUCGCAAUGGCAAGUGCAUCAGCUCCUUACUGCGCUGCGACCAUUUUGACGACUGCGGGGACGGAGCCUCUGAUGAAGAGCGGUGUCUGAAGGAUUCCAGAACUACCAACUGCACCACCUCGCCCAGCGUGUGUGGCGCCGAGGCCCAGUGCCACACUCGGGGAGACGUGGCCUACUGCAGCUGCAAAGUGGGCUUCCAGCGCGUCAACAGCAACCAGUGUGAAGACAUCAACGAGUGCCUGCGUGCCGGUACCUGCUCCCAGCUCUGCAACAACACCAAGGGCUCGUUCAUGUGCAGCUGCUCGAGGUUCUACGUCAAGGUGAACCACACCUGCAAGGCUGAAGGCUCGCAGCACCAGGUGCUCUACAUCGCCGACGACAACGAGAUCCGCAGCAUCUACCCCUUCAACCCCAACUCGGCCUACGAGCAGGCGUUCCAAGGCGACGAGAACGUGCGCAUCGAUGCCAUGGACAUUUACGUCAAGGGCAACAAGAUCUUCUGGACCAACUGGCAUACGGGCAAGAUCUCCUUCCGCAAGCUGCAGACCUUGUCACCGCUCAACUCCAACUCGAACCGCAAUCGGCGACAGUUGGACGGUGGGGUGACCGACCUGACGAUUCCUGGGCUGAAAAUCCCUCGGGGCAUCGCGGUGGACUGGGUGGCGGGUAACAUCUACUGGACAGAUUCGGGGCGCGAUGUUAUCGAGGUGGCCCAGGCCAACGGGGAGCACCGCAAGACGCUCAUUUCGGGGAUGAUUGACGAGCCGUACGCCAUUGUGGUGGAUCCCCUAAGAGGAAUCAUGUACUGGGCGGACUGGGGCAACCACCCCAAGAUCGAGACCGCCGCCAUGGACGGCACGAUGAGGGAGACGCUGGUGCAGGACAACAUCCAGUGGCCGACAGGUCUGGCGGUGGACUAUUUCAACGAGAGGCUGUACUGGGCGGACGCCAAGCUGUCGGUCAUCGGCAGCGUGAGACUCAACGGGGCCGACCCCGUGAUUGCCAUCAGCAGCAGUAAGCACGGUCUCAGCCACCCGUUCAGCAUUGACAUUUUUGAGGACUACAUCUACGGGGUCACCUACACCAACAACAGCAUCUUCAGGGUGAACAAGUUUGGCCACGGCCGAGUGGACUUCCUGAGCUCGGGGCUCAACCACGCCACGGACGUCGUCCUCUACCACCAGUACAAGCAGGCCGAAGUGACCAAUCCCUGCGAUCGCAAGAAGUGCGAGUGGCUGUGCUUGCUGAGUCCCAGCGGGCCCGUCUGCACGUGUCCCAAUGGCCGAAGGUUAGACAACGGGACUUGUGUCGAGAUCCCCGUGCCCACCCUGUCUCCCGUCUCGCCAACCUCCGGAACCUGCAGCCUUCAGUGUCUGAACGGAGGGAGCUGCUUCCUGAAUGCCCGCAAGCAGCCCAAGUGCCGCUGCCAGCCUCGCUACACCGGAGAGAAGUGCGAGACGGACCAGUGCCGAGACUACUGCCUCAACGGAGGAACCUGCACGGCGUCCCCGACGGGGACCCCAACCUGCCGCUGCCCCAACGGCUUCACUGGACCCAACUGCAAUCAGAAGGUCUGCAAGGGCUACUGCCAGAACAAUGCCAGCUGCAUGGUCAACCAGGGCAACCAACCCAGCUGCCAGUGCCUGGAGAACUUCAGUGGGGACAAGUGCCAGUACCGUAAAUGCUACAACUACUGCCUGAAUGGUGGCACGUGCCAGCUGGCAUCCAACAACACCAAACUCUGCCGAUGCCCCCCGCAGUAUGACGGUGAGCUGUGCAAGCAGAACAAGUGUGACCGCUGCAAAGAUGGCACCUGCAACCUCAACAAGCAGAGUGGCGAGGUCACCUGCAACUGCACUAAUGGCAGGAUCGCCCCAAGCUGCUUCACCUGCGACAAGUACUGCCUGAACGACGGCGAGUGCUCCAUAAACCCACAGAUGCAGAUGCCCGAGUGCAAGUGCCAGAAGGGUUGGGCCGGACCUCGGUGCGAGAAGUACAGCGACGUCGAAAUGGCCAAGACGUCAGGAAAGACGGCGUCCAUCGUGGUUCCCAUCAUUGUGCUGCUCCUGAUUAUCCUGCUGAUCACGGGGGCCGUGUUCUGGUACAAGAGGAGGAUGCGAGGGGCAAAGGGCUUCCAGCACCAGCGCAUGACAAACGGUGCCAUGAAUGUGGAGAUCGGGAACCCCACCUACAAGAUGUACGAGGGGGAGCCCGACGACGAUGUCGGGGAGCUGCUUGACGCGGACUUUAACCUCGAUCCGGACAAGCCUACAAACUUCACCAACCCAGUGUAUGCCACCCUCUACAUGGGCGCGCACAGCAGCCGAAACUCACUGGCCAGCACAGACGAGAAGAAGGAGCUGCUCUCCCGGGCCGACGACGACCUCGGAGACCCCCUGGCAUAGACAAGUGCCCCUCCCCCCACCAACCGCUGCCAGAUUGGCAUUUCUUUUAAUUUCUCUUUUACAAAAAAAAAAAGAUUUAAGAAAAAAAUUUUAAAAAAGCAAAAAAAAAGGCAACACGGACAAAUGUAUAAAAUGUACAAAUGAAGGACUACUUUUGUAUGUGGCUGCAGUGUUGGAUUUUGUUCUACCGACUCGGCCCUCCUCCCAUCCCAGAUGCCCACUACCUCUGUGCCUGCAGCGUCCGGGAGCCUGGCGAGACGUCCACAUGCCAGCGGGUGCCACCGACAGAGCCCCCCCAGGGCUGGACACUGGAGCCGCCGACUGUUAACUCAACACCUGGGCUUCCCCGGCGGGCGAGGGCAGGCGGGCGCCCGAGGGGUCCGCGAUUUAACGGUAACGCACUCACUUCAUCGGUACGGGCCGGCCGGCUACGUAGACUUGGGCUGCUUUCUUCGACCGGUUGGGUUCGGUUUUUGUUUUUUUGUCCCGCUGGACGCGCGCGCGCCCGCCUCGACUCGGCCAAGUGCUGCUGCCCACCUUCAAUGCAUGCACCUCGGACAACGUAACAGCCGCACCCCGGCGUCCAAUCAGCUUCACUCGACAUGCAUUUUUUAAGGGUUUUGGUUUUUUUGUUUUUUUUUAAUAAAGACUACAGAAACGGCUUUUAUAGUAGAAAUGCAUGUGGCUCAAUCCUAUUUUGGGAAGAGAACAAUGUUUUAAUAUUUUUUUUGCUGGAGUACUUUACAACUAAACAGAUAUUGUUAUAAAUAAAAUUUUAAAAACUGUACAGAA